CCCGCCCCCUGCUUUCCAGAAGUCCCGCCCCCGCAGGUUUCAUGUCAGGAAGCGAAGAGCUAACUCGCAGUUUAUGGCCCGCCAUGCCUUUUAAAGCUCGCUUCAAAAAAAACAUCCCCCGACAUUUUUGACGUCAAAUCUAUGGAGUGAAGAAAAGCAGCAACAACCAGCCGUGGUACUUUUGAUUUUAGACCCGCCGCGAUGGACUGGAGAGUGAGCAGCCGGGCCCUGCUGUGCUGCUUGUUGCUGUACUGCGCCGCUCUUCCACAAAAGGGUUUUUGCGGAGCCAGCACAGUUUCCCUCCCGGAAACCCUGCUCUUUGUGUCCACCCUGGAUGGAAACCUGCAUGCCGUGAGCAAGAAAUCUGGUUCAAUCAAGUGGACACUGAAAGAAGAUCCAGUUCUUCAGGUCCCCACGCAUGUUGCAGAGCCAGCUUUUCUACCUGACCCCAAUGAUGGCAGUCUGUAUUCCUUGGGUGGAAAGAACAACAAAGGCCUCACAAAAUUACCAUUCACUAUUCCCGAGUUGGUCCAAGCGUCUCCCUGCCGCAGCUCCGAUGGUAUCCUCUACAUGGGUAAAAAGCAGGAUCUCUGGCACGUGGUGGACCUGUUGACUGGCGAGAAGCAGCAGACAUUGACCUCGUCCUUCGCUGACAUGCUGUGUCCCUCUUCGUCUCUGCUAUAUCUGGGCCGCACAGAAUACACCAUCACAAUGUACGACACCAAAAGCCGAGAGUUGCGCUGGAAUGCCACCUACUCCGACUACGCCGCCACGCUCCCCGAUGACGACACCAAAUACAAAGUGGCCCAUUUUGUGUCCAACGGCGACGGCCUUGUAGUGACGGUGGACAGCGAGUCUGGCGACGUCCAGUGGGUCCAGAAUUAUAACUCGCCGGUGGUGGCUAUGUACAUCUGGCAGCGCGAAGGCCUCCGCAAGGUUCCCCACACUAACGUUGCCGUGGAAACCUUGCGCUACCUCACCUUCAUGUCCGGGGAGGUGGGCCGCAUCACCCAGUGGAAGUACCCCUUUCCAAAGGAGACCAAGCCAGAGAACAAGUUAAUGGACACUCUGUAUGUGGGUAAAUACUCCACCAGUUUGUAUGCGUCUCCUUCCCUGGUUCAUGAUGGAGUGACUGUAGUGCCUCGAGGCAGCUCCUUCCCCAUGCUGGAGGGUCCAGACAGCCAGGACACGGACAAGGACAAAAAGUGUGUUAUCACCCCGAGUACCAGUGUCAAGUUCGACGCUGCCGUUCGUGAGAGACACCGCAUCAAUUUCAUGCGUAACCACUUGCUGCUCAUAGGCCACCAUGAGACCCCUCCUGAAGCGCACAACAAGAUCCUGGAAACUUUUCCUGAUAACUUGCCUCGCAAUCAAGGCAACGUCAUUCCACCGACCACCAACAAGAAAGUAGAGGAGAAAGUGAACAAUGUUGUCAUAGAUGACACGCCGCCUUCCCCUCCCAUGCCCGAAACAUCUAUUCAAGAGCCAGGGAUCAGUGGUCGCACUGUCCGUCCCGAGGCCUCCGUGGACUCCAUGUUGAAAGACAUGGCCACCAUCAUCUUUUCCACUUUCCUGCUGGCUGGCUGGGUGGCCUUUGUCAUCACCUACCCAAAAAGUGUCCGCAAGCAGCAGCAGCUUCAGCACCAGGAGUUCCAGAAACAGCUGGAGGAGAGGUUGGACAUGCUGCAGAGACAGCAGCCUUUCCCCACCGCGGACAUGGGACUUGCUUUGAACCCAGACGGCGACUACCUGGAGGUGGUUCAGCCUCGCUCUGAAUGCUCGGACCACAGCACUCCAAACAUCACCCCACGCGCCUCAAACCACUCCAAUCUUUCCAUUUCUGAGCUGGGCAGCUCAGCCAACGAACAUGAGGAUGGAGAGGAAGACUCCAGCUAUGUCCGAGUGGGAAACAUAACAUUCCACCCCAAACAAGUGUUGGGACAUGGGGCCGAAGGUACCAUAGUGUACAAGGGUCAGUUUGACAACCGGCAGGUGGCAGUGAAAAGAAUCCUCCCCGAGUGUUUCAGCUUUGCAGACCGAGAAGUUCAGCUGCUGAGGGAGUCAGACGAGCACCCAAAUGUCAUUCGCUACUUCUGCACCGAGAGGGACCGUCAGUUCCAGUACAUUGCCAUCGAGCUGUGUGCUGCUUCACUUCAGGAGUACGUGGAAUUGACAGAUUUCGAUCGUCACGGACUGGAGCCUGUUAUGUUGCUACAUCAGACCAUGUCAGGACUGUCCCAUCUGCACUCCCUCAAUAUAGUCCACAGAGACCUAAAACCCCACAACAUCCUGGUGUCCAUGCCAAACGCCCACGGUCGAGUACGGGCCAUGAUCUCUGACUUCGGCCUGUGUAAGAAGCUAGCAGUGGGCCGCCACAGUUUCAGUAGAAGGUCUGGAGUGCCGGGGACGGAGGGCUGGAUCGCUCCUGAGGUGCUCAGUGAAGACUGCAAAGACAACCCAACCUGUGCUGUAGAUAUCUUUUCGGCCGGCUGCGUCUUCUACUACGUUGUCUCCCAAGGUAGCCACCCUUUCGGCAAAUCCCUGCAGAGACAAGCCAACAUACUGCUGGGGACAUACAGCCUGGACCACCUGCAAAGCGACAAACACACUGACUUCAUAGCCAGACAGUUGAUAGAACAGAUGAUGAGCAUGGAGCCUCAUCGCAGGCCUUCUGCAGAGUGUGUUCUCAAACACCCUUUCUUCUGGAGCCUGGAGAAGGAACUGCAGUUCUUUCAGGAUGUGAGUGACAGAAUCGAGAAGGAGCCGCUGGACGGACCAAUCGUGAGACAGCUGGAGCGAGGAGGGCGGGCUGUGGUCCAGAGUGACUGGAGAGAACAUAUCACAGUGCCACUGCAGACGGAUCUGAGAAAGUUUCGUUCCUACAAAGGUGGCUCCGUCAGAGAUCUCCUCCGUGCAAUGAGAAACAAGAAACAUCAUUACCGGGAGUUGCCUCUGGAAGUCCAGGAGACCCUGGGCUCCAUCCCGGACGACUUUGUCGCCUACUUCACCUCCCGUUUCCCGCACCUGCUCAUGCACACAUACCUGGCCAUGCGGACCUGCGCCACCGAGAGGCCUUUCUUGCCUUACUAUUCCAAAAUGGCACAGGUGGAGGCGCCACAAACACCAAAUGAAGGUCAAAGGAACACAACGCCAAAGCAAGAGUGCACACAGACGUCACAGGAGGGUGAGUGUGAAGCCUCUUCUUCUUCAUCACCUUGUGCUCACACAUCAGUGGAGACUCAGUCAGACUUGCACUGCCUCAGAACCCCAAACUCUUGAAGUCAGGCAAAGCUGCGUCCAUUCAGUCUGAAACUUUUGAAAAGCGGAGCUGUGUGAUUACUUGAAGACUUUACGGGACCAGUUGCCGUGUUUCGUGCUGGUGAGGACCAGGCCUGCAGUGCCUGGGAUGCACUCGCCCGGGUCGGCCGCUGCAUCCUGAUCCAAGUGCCUUGCGGGUCAAAUGCAACAGAACCGUCCACAAGUCCGACAACCGAAAGGAGUUGUCGGGUUUUGUGUCGUAGCUAAACUGAGCAAGAAGGGUUUUUUUAAGAAGUCCAAAAAGAGUAUUUGUCCCCCCAAAAAAACUGGCCUUCUAAUGUGGGAAUUGUGUAAAAUGUGGGUCAUUUUAUCGUGCAAUGUUGUAUUUUUCAGUGGGUUUGUUGACUGCACAGAUACUGUAUGGAUAUUUUUCACAGAGCGAUUCCAGAACUUGUAUCGUCAAUGUGGCAACUGUGCCUUUUUUUUAAUAAACUAAUUAAAUAACUCACAAAUAUAAUUACCGUAUUUUUCGGAGUAUAAGUCGCACCUGCCGAAAAUGCAUAACAAAGAAGGAAAAAAACAUAUAUAAGUCGCAUUUUUGGGGGGAAAUUUAUUUGAUAAAAUCCAACAGCAAGAAUAGACAUCUGAAAGGCAAUUUAAAAGAAAUAAAGAAUAGUGAACAACAGGCUGAAUAAGUGUAGGUUAUGGAGCUCGGUUGGUAGAGCGGCCGUGCCAGCAACUUGAGGGUUGCAGGUUCGAUUCCCGCUUGUGCCAUCCUAGUCUCUGCUGUUGUGUCCUUGGGCAAGACACUUUACCCACCUGCUCCCAGUGCCACCCACACUGCUUUAAAUGUAACUUAGAUAUUGGGUGUCACUAUGUAAAGCGCUUUGAGUCACUUGAGAAAAGCGCUAUAUAAAUAUAAAUCACUUCACUUCACAUAUGAGGCAUAAAUAAGCAACUGCUAUGUUAACCUAACAUAUUAUGGUAAGAGUCAUUCAAAUAACUAUAACAUAUAGAACAUGCUAUACCUUUACCAAACUAUCUCUCACUCCUAAUCCAUAAAUCCCAUGAAAUCUUAUACGUCUAGUCUCUUACGUCAAUGAGCUAAAUAAUAUUAUUUGAUAUUUUACGGUAAUGUGUUAAUAAUUUCACACAUAAGUCGCUCCAGACUGAGUCCGAGUAAAAAAACCUCACAUAGCAUGGCACACAUAAACAUGGUACAUGUAAUCACAACAACUUUCAACAGAGGGGCGGGGAGUUGGAGGCCGGCUGCCGCUAUAAAGCGCUACUCAGCCAUCCACAACCCCGGAGGAAUUAAACUAUGAAAAAAAAAACUGCGACUUAUAGUCUGAAAAAUAGGGUAUGCUUGAUCUGCUUGUUAAUGCUGCUAAAAGUGCUUCUCCUGGUCCAUCAAGACGUGUGCGUAUAUGUGCUGCAAGUGGAGGCGUUUUUUUCAUAACAUGAAUACUGCAGGUCAUUUUACUAUGUGGAUAUAUUAUUUUUUGCUUUAAAUGACUUGAGAGGGCAAUCUGCAGAGACUACUCCUAUGUGUCAAAGUGAAGGUAAUGACAUGUGCAUUAAAGUAUUUUGUUUUAUACUCAA